AGGGAUUGAAAUCAUCAAGAUCUCUUAUGAUCGACCGAGUGGCUCGGUGUCGGUCGUGGACUCGUGAAGCGCAAAUACUUCCGGUGCGCAUCCCCCCUGAAAAUUAUAUAUAUGGCUUGAAUUCCGCUACAGUUACUAGUACCCUGAGAUUAAAUCAUGAGCAGCUUCCCCCUCGACACCGGAGCGGCCCCGAGCAGCACCGCACGCCGCCCCCGCGUCCUCUGCCUCCACGGGAACCGGCAAACUGCCUCGAUUUUUGAAGAACGGAUAAAGCCCUUGAAGCGUCACGCAGACCUCUUUUUUCUGGAGGGCGACUUCGAGUGGAAAACGGCUCCUACUUCUACUAGUAGCGAGCGGAAAGUAGAACAACAACUCCACCUUCAGCAAAGCGGCGGGUCUUCUGAAGCAGCAGAACAAGUAGAUGACGCGAGCGGAGUGGACGAGGGCACUCUGUCUUGGGUGCCGUGUACAACGGACGGCGAGGCGUCGCGGACCCGAGAAUUAUAUGCAAGCGACGGACAACAUGGAAGUACUUCUAAAGAUAUGAAGUACGAUCAAACUACGCCACCAGAAGCCUUUCUCCCGGCGUUGAAAAAGGUCUACCGCUACUGGCUCACACACGGCCCCUUCGAUGGCGUCUUGGGUUUCAGCCAGGGCGCUGCCCUGGCGGCAUUGGUUGCCAGGAGGCACCAGGAGUUUUGCCCCCUUUUGAAAUUCGCCGUGAUUUGCGGGGGGUAUAACCCGUAUCACGGGCCGCGGGAGCGUUCUGCUGGGUCUCCUAAGUCUACAAGCACUUCAUCUGGCGUCGCUGGGGUGGCGCUGGCGGUGGAUGAUGAAAACAAGGUAAAGAAAGAGAACGAAUUGAUGGCUGCAAGAAAGAGCCUCAUCUCGUCCGGAAGAAUUAUUCCCAGCACCCUCACCACGGUUUUUCACUUCAUCGGCGCGCGGGACAAACUGGUGACGCCUUUGAUGAGCCGGCGCUUGCUAUCGAAAGGAAAAAUCCCCCCUCCCCAUAUCGAAAAUGAAAUCUCUGCUGCUGGAUCUGCGUACACAGAUCAGAUUUGUCUUGCAGUAGAGGACUGCACGCAGAUCGCCAGUCUAGUUAAGGGCCUUUUGGUGUAGGCGCCUAGCAUGGUAGACGGCUAUCCUGUAGUCCUUACAGCAUUACAAACCCCCUGCAUAGAGUGGCAGAGAGCCCCGACUUGCCUUCUCGCAAGACAGACAGGAUUUGUGGUCACAAAUCUGCAUCACAAAUUUCCGGAAACAUACCUUUUCGAUAUGGGGAGGGGGGAUUUUUCCUCUCAGUACUUGCUUCCCGGUAGGAGCUGUGACCGCACGUCCGCAAGUAGUGACUCCGGGUCCGGGUUCUGGCGAGGGGUGCACGAAUUACAACUAGUAGAUGUAUAUGAGAGUGCUGCACAUCAAAAACGACUCCCUUUCUCUCUCCUUCAUUUGGAUGUUGGUAUACCUCCGGCAGCAACACAAGAGCUGGGAAAGAUGCAGCGAUUAUUUACUGCAUCAUGAUGACAACGUUGACCACAACAUCUGUCCACAUGCAAUCACAAUCGGUGCCUCAAGAGGCCGCAGAGGGUGGACCUCUUGGCAUAAUUUCUCAUGCGAAUUUAUGAGGGGGAACAGGGUGAAUGGGAAUUCAAAUUCUUAAUUUAUGCACUCUCAUAAAGAAAAAGAACCAGGGGAUCAUGGAGUCGAACGAGAAUCUGGGAUAGAAGGUGGAACAUCAAAUGGCGCCAGCGAGAUGAUGAACAAGGACCACGGCGAGAACUGCGCACCAGACAAGAAUAUCGCGGCAGUUAAACGACAGGAGGAGCUGGAGCACGUUACGGUUCUGCAUCCUGGAGGUCACCACGUGCCAUUGGGGCACGUUGAGAAGGAGGUUUUCCUCUCCACCUCCAGGAAGAUGACUGCAACUUCAACUCCAACAACGACAACGGGGAGAAGACGACAGCUGUUGAUCACAAAAGAGGACUUGUCGUUUUUGAAGAUGGAACAAGUCGAAGACACAGCGAAAGGAGCGCCGCACAUCACGGAUAGUUGUACUAGUAAAAAAAAUCCUGUCAGUACUACAACAACCGAGAAGCAAGCGGAGCUUUGUCGCGAAAUGAAACAAAUGUCCGUCCUGCAGACGUGGCUCGAAAACCUGGCACUAGAGAAGGAGUUGCUCGAAGCGACCUUCGACACUGACAUGGACAUCAAGAAGGACCACCAAGACCAGAACAACAAGGAGUGCGAUGAAGAAGAUCCUCGUCUGCCGUGGAUAAUCGAGAUUCCCUGCGGCGAAAAUUUUGCACUGGAGAUGUGGUAUCCCCCCGGGUUCGCGAAUGCGGAAGGAGAUCUAGAUCUAGAUUACGUGCCACCAGACAAUUGUAAAAAUGCUGCGGCUUCUGCGAUUUAUAAUUCGAGAGCUCGUCCUCCUGCGCCCGCCUGUCCCCUGCUGCAGCGCAUGAUCACGCACAACUUCCUUUUGGAGGCGCGGCUCCCGGAGCUCGAAGACGUGCUGGCUGCGGAUGGGGAUUUAUUGAACGAGGUUGAAGACGGCGCGACCGGACCGGUUUUGGAGGUCGGGUACGGCGUCUCCUUGGGGCUAGCGGCAGCAGACUGGGAGCGGGUUCUGCUGGAAGAAAACUCUGCGGUCAAAGCGGUCAGUGCUGGUGUGCUGGCCGCAACAACUACUAGUAUCGUCGAGUUUGGAGGCUAUAGUCGUAAAAGCGUACUAAGUUUUAUCGAUUGCUCAAAUGCAUGACAAAAAAACUUGCUUUCUUGUUCGUCCCAAACAGUACCUACCACAAUGACAAAAAAUUUGAUGCUUAUAAAAUUGUUCACAAAUUCGCUUGAUUAUUUGUACUACUUCUACUUCGUAGAAGUACACUACGUAAACGUAAAAGUACGACUAUAUUGUGCAAUUCCAAUGCAUAACAACAUCGCAGCGUCAACUUCAGGGUGAAGAACAACAUCAAACACAAAAAGAUGCUGGUGCGCAAACACGACGCACGGAGGCGAGCAAAGCUAAAGAACCUUCAACGAAGUGGUGGGAGCAGGAGGGCGGUGUGAACGACGACGAGCUGUGCAUCAAUUUGGACAUGAUGCGGAGAAGCUACGCUGAGUUUUUGGCCACGCACAUCCUUAAUAGAAACUCGUCUCCGCGAACUACCUGCUCCAGCACCAGCACCCACAUAGUAUCCGGCGAGCGCGGGAACGGGCGUCGAGGUAGGAUAUUCGAGUUUGUGCUCGGGCUGGUGGGAAAACCGUCGGCAGGGAAGUCGACCUUCUUUAACGCGCUGGUUUGUGACCACGAAAGGGAAGUUGUAGACCUAGUAGACGUUGAAGGCUCAGCAAGCUCGAGAACGGACAGCGAACAAGACCCAACGAAAAUGUCAAAGCAAGGUCAUUCCAAGAGAGCCGCAGUUGCUUCACACCCCUUCACCACGAUCGAGCCCAACAUCGGGGAAGCGUGGCUUCGUAUUCAUGACGAAGGAGUUGUAGACCAGAUGAAAAUAAAUACGGAUCAUGACAAGAACAUCAGCAGCAGCACAAGCAGCAGCGCGUUUCAUCACCAACAACAGCCUCAUCCACCUACAACUUCCACGACCAGCGAGCACAAAAUUCCCUUCCUCGUGAAGGACGUCGCCGGCCUGGUCCCGGGCGCAUACCAGGGCAAGGGACGUGGGAACGCUUUUUUAAACGACCUGCUUCGGGCGGACGCGUUGGCCCACAUCGUGGACAUCAGCGGGCUAUGAACUGCAGAUAUGUCUGGGUCUGGAAGGAUGCAACUUGUGUUUGUCAUGCUGGAUUUGGAUUCUACAAGAAAUCUGUAUUGCGUCAUGAAUAGCAAAAGAGGUCCAGUUUUUGCCAUGGGGACAGGGCAUUUCUGAUGCGGUAUAGGCAACAUCAAGAAGCCCACAUAAAAUCUGUGAUGCUUGGGCAUGCAUCACAGACAUUAGGAGUCAUGCGAAAUGUGCAUGACAAACCUUGCAUCUAUCCGGACCCAGACAUAUCUUUUGCAUUUGAUACGGGCGGCUGGACGCUUGUGGGGAGGUGAGCAACACGAAUGGGGACGAGGAGGUAUCUAUGAACUGCAACAGUAUCGUACUUCCAAUAGUAUAAAUCGCAUUACAAAUUAUCUCAGCAUUACAAAUGAAUUUGUAAUGCUGUUUUCGCUUAGGAAAGAGAUUUGUCAUGCAUUAUAACAGCAAUUACUACGAGAAUUGCGAUGCUUUUGCAGUUCAUAGUAUCCACGGUCCUGCACGACAUUCAAUUCAUCCGGGAGGAAAUUUUCGCUUGGAUUUUCACGAACGUAAAGGCAAAGUGGCACGGCGUUUAUAUCGCCAGAAAAAACUGUUUCACUGUAAACUUGUAAUGCAGAAAAUGUAUCUCACAAGUGUUUGUCUUGCUACACAUGCAUAGACAGUGGAUGUUUAGCUGUGUUUUCCCUUAGGAACCUUGCAUGGCAAAUGUUUUCUGUCAUGUACAACAAACUUGUGAUGCAAAACCUGCAAAAUCCUUACAGUGAAACACUUUUUUCGUACGAUAGUUUACAAGUACGCGUUAGUCGGGCAGCACGACCACGGCGCGCGCGGCGUGUCGUCUAAAUCUGACAGUCUGAACUCGCCCGCACUGGACCGUUUCGUGGCGCUCUUCACUGGGUACCACUGCACGCCGGAUUACGUCCGCAAUUUGUGGAUCGCCUGGGCGACGGGUCGUGGUCCUCCACCAUCAACAACCGCGUCCCCAGCAGUAGAGCUGCUCAACUUCGCCGACUACCAAGAAGAGGACUUGAUGCACUUUGUCCACUUCUUCGUACACCAUCGGUUUCCCAUGGUGCUGGUUUGCAACAAGGUGGACCUGCUCGAGAGCGCGGAAGUGCUGCAGGACCGACUGGAAGUGAUCCGAAAAAAGUUUCCCGAGUACAGCGGGAACCAAAUCAUUCCGAUUUCGGGAAUAUGAAGUGCAAAAGCAUAUAUCGUUCUAGUUAAAAUGCUUGUACUAAUAUAUGCAAUGCAAAUUGGCUCAGGCUCGCUUUACAAAUAUGAAUUUCUAAUACGGGAGCGGGUUUACCUCAGGCUCGGCAACUAGAUUUGUAAAUGCAUAAUUGCAAUGGUGCGAUGCUUUUGCACUGCAUAGGGAAAGGCUCGGGUUAACACGAAGACGGCGGUAAAGGCCAGCUUUGUGGCCGCAGCCGCAAUCGUGUUGCGGCUGGUUUUGGCAAAAACCUGGCCGUCGGAAGGAGCCCACGAGAGGGGAGGAGGAGCCACCGUUGUUCAAGAAGCGGCUGCAGCUCAUCGGGCUGAGGAAGAUUCUAGUACUUCCCCGGCAGCUAGAAGGUCGCCCUCUAAUAAUUGUAAACGACCUGUCCUCCCCGACCCCGCGCCGGCGUUCUUUGACCUUGCUGGGGCGACGAGGAAAAACAUCGAGAAGUCCAAGAUUUUCUUCCGCCCACCUGAGCGGGGGAUAAUGCAGCCGAAUAAGACGACUUCUACACAAGGGAUCGAGAAGAUCGAUGAGACUGAAACUUCUGCACAAAGACAAACCCUUGAUAGAAGUACCAAGCAGGGAAUAUCAUCAGCAGCUCCUUCAGCGCUUUACUCCUACCACCUUCUCCCCAGCAAUACUACCGUGUUCGAGGCCUUCGAAGCCGUGCGGCGGGAAUAUGGCGUUCUAAACUGUUACAUUCUCAACUGUUGCAUGAUUUGUCAUGCAAAACCAGCACCAACAUCCACACGGCGCAGCAACUUCGCAUGACAAAUUCCCGAAGGGCUAAGCAGCAAUUAAAUCUGUGCGGGAUUUGGAAUGCUACGGGUGCAACCUCGCCUCUUUCACUUUUCCCAUUCUUCCAUUACAAAUUCAUGUUGAGAAUGUAACAAUUGAGAGUUCCAUAGGGAAGGCAUCCGAGUGCCGACGAACAGCGAUUUUGUGCGGGCAGAGAAGGUAUCAAAUGCAAAAAUGUCUGGGUCUGGAAGAAUGCGCGAUUUGGCAUGCAGCUUUUCCAUGACCCAUGAGGUCUGGAAUGCAGUGCCUAGCAUGACAGAUUCUGUGCGAUCUCUCUCAUGCCUAUCCUGCAUAAGAAACUCCCUCGCGACUUGGUCAAAACUGGGCGACUUUAUUUGGUAAUCAUGCAACACAGAUUUUUGCAUGCUUCAGAUAAUUUAGCAUGACGCAUUGCUUUCUUCCAGACCCAGACAUUUUUACAUUUGAUAGAAGGGCCCCGGCGGACUGGUGGCCAAGAAGGAGGAGAGGCUCUGUCAGGAUAGCACAACGGGAAUGUGUACCCUGAAGUUUCAACAUCGAAAAAGGACGCAUUAAUUGUGAAGAGCCAUAGUUUUGCUACUUGGUCUGUAUGAUGUACGCUGCAACGUUGUGGCGACCGCGUUAUCGAGAACAAACCGGUGGAAGAUCUUCAAGAAAGCAGUAUUGAAGGAGGUUCUGUACCAGCAACUGAUAGUUACCAGCGUCAAUGCUAC